AUGGGCAGCCUGGACAUGCGCCACUGGUGGUGCGGCUACUCGCCGCUCAUGGUCUUCAUGAUGCGCGUGCUGGAGCUCUACCCGGCGUCUGAGAGCGUCUGCGUCUUCUACAAGCGCAUGGAGCAGCAGCUGGGCGCCUGCACGAAGUGUGUGGACAUCUACCACGCGUCGAUGCCGAGCGUCCACGUGGAGCUGGAGUUCGAGUUCACGCCCGAGUCCAUCCAUGCGUUCUUCGUCAAGCUGCAAGGACUGGAUGCAGAUCGGAUCCAGCGGCAGCUGACGGACAAGUCCAUGGGCAUGGCUAGCGCGCAGCAGGAGACGUCGAAGGCUGUAGCUCUCACGCUCUACGAAGUGCUCAGCCAGCGGCGGCUGCUCUCAGACUUCCGCGUUGUGCGAGUGCUUUCGAAGUGGACUUCGUCUCCGUUCUCUCAAGUGAAGAAUAAUUCAGACCUGGAGAGCCUCCGUGGAUGUGCUGGGCUUUAUCAGCUAUUGGUGUCACCAGACUCUGGCGUGCGUGAAUGGGCCCAACGAAUGGUGCAGCACUUUGGUAAAAUACAGCUAACUGGCGAUAACGGCGAAGACCAAUACUUCCGCGACGUGAUGGAGGAGUGGGUCUAUAUAUUGGAAAGUGAAGCAUUCAACAAAUCGGUGCUAUCUCUGGAGCUGAAAUCGACAGAAGAUCUUCACAACUUCUUGGAGCCAACAAACUGUGUCAAGACACCGACUAAAAAGAUAUUAUGGUCUGCGCUUGACAAUGUUAUGCAGCAAAUGGAUGCAGACAGUCUGGAAAUCAUGCUAGAAUCGUUCGAUACGAUUCCGGGUCUCGUGUUAAACUAUCUCCAGGACCCGGACCCCUCGGACGAACAAACCAUUAUGUUGGUGGUUACCAAGUGUUUUGCAGUGCUUCUGCGAUGUCUUGGACAUCGGUUCUGGAAUCACCACUUAAGCACUCCCGAUUUGGUGCUGAAUUUGGUCAUGCAGCACUGCCGUCGCUCGUCAUGGCGGGUAUUUGUUACAAAACAGUUUAUUGAGCUUUUGCCACCUUUGCUCUUGGCAAUGCGGCCACCUCAAGUCUCCAGCCAAGCGUCCAAUGAGGACAAACUUGACUUUUAUUUGAAGACGCGGAGUGAGCUCUUACGAUAUUUAAUCGUCGAGAAUCUCCGCCCGAAGCAUUACGACUCAAUCGCUGUAGUGGCAUCGUCAAGGGCAGCAUUUACCAUUCUGAGUGAUUGUUAUGAACAUCGCAUUCCUGGUUCUGUGAAAAGCGCUGCCGCAAGCGGUGUGGGUCGAGACGAAGGAGCACUUUCUGAAUCAAUUUCUAUUGACUAUUCUGUUUCGGAAAGUGCCUUCUGGUGGCCGUGCGGCUCCGGGCUUGGAGAAGAUACGAAUUUGGAGCAGCUGUGGAUGGAUCACUUGUGUGGAGUAGUCGUGAGGCCCAACAAUGUUGAGUCGCUUGUCGACGUAGCAGCAGAGACCACAGCCCUGAUUCUGAGCAAGCACCUGCAGCUCGCGCGUCAUGUCGUGUAUACAAGCAUAGCAGCUAAUAAAGGCGGAGGCAAUGGGUUGAUCGAAAAAUCCGUCACUAAAGGAAAACCAAUCACCACCGACUUACUGAGGAAGCUAUGCUCGUGGGAUUCAAUCACGACAAUACCGCUUCAAGUUCAUGGAGCACUUUUCGAAUCUAUUGGAGGGACGUCCGAGCUGCUAAAUGCUGUUGCUGCUCAACCCAGCCCGAGCGAAAACCUUCAGCAAUUUGCAGACACAUUGCGACAAUACGAAAUGCUGACCCAACAAUAUCUCCAACGAAUGUGUGACGAAGUUUUGCGCAAGGGCUUGGCUAAUCCAUUCGGGUUUCCAGUGGUGUCCCAGCACAUUAGUGCAUGCUACCUGAGUCCAACCAACGACGUUGACCUGCAGGUGAAAAGACUAAUCGGUCAAUACGCUGCCGACAAGAAGAGACCUACACAAGUGCCCUCUCCGUUGGAGGCUCUCCUCAUUUCUGUUCACCGAAAUGCUGAGGCAUUUUUGCGCGGUCAACUUUCGAUGCUUCAGUCGAUGCGACUUUAUGGUUUUUCGGAGGCGGUUUGUUUGCCUGCCGUGAAGAAGCUUAUUUUUGUGUGGUCUCGCGUCUUCGACAUGCUGGGCGGUGACCUACAGAAAGCUUUCCAAAAAGCGUCGACUGCAAAAGCGAUGGCCAGCUCGUCGAAUCAAGUUACGGACACCGGUAUCGCGGCGGCGCAUCUGCUAAAGCUUCCCAGCCUGAUUAACGAUUUUCUGAUCACUCUACUGACCAGCUUGUUUGACCCGAAAGCGAAAAUCACGGUGGAAAUAACUGAGGCAACUCGAGUACAGUGCCUUGAUUUUGGAAUCUCGUUCUGGAAGUUCUGGGUGUCGGUGCUGAAAGACCCGACUGCAUCAAGUAAGCGUGUGGUAGCGCUCAUUGCACCAUUGGUCGAGUGCAUUGCGAGAGGCGCAGUGUCCGAAAAGAAACGAGCUGCUGAACUGCUAAUGACAGUCUUGGGAUGUCUUGUGCAAGGAAACACUCGGCUUGACGAACCCACCCUCACAAUGAUCGAUAGCAUAAAGGGAGAGGCUGCGUCUAUCGAGUCUAAACAGUCUACCGACUUCGGACGCAUGACCAAGAAGUUCCGUCAGCUGGACCAAACCUCGAAUUUCUUUACGAAGCGUUCGACAGGAUCAAGUGGAAGGCAAAACUUUGUGGAUAUGACUUCUCGGUCGAAGUCUAAGCUUCCUCCAAGGGCUAAAUCUUCUACUACGAGUAUGCUGAGCUCAAGUACUCGGCCAAUGAGUGGAAAGUCGGCAGCAAGAGCCCAAAACCGUGCAAUGGUGGAUCUCACUGGUAUUGAAGAGGUGUCAAACGAAGCGGCCGCUCGAAAGCAGCACAGUUUUUACUCCGAAGUAGAGUACCAUGCACCGUCAAAGAGGGACCCGUCUCCUAGAGGACAAGCGCAACAGUCAAAGACUCCAUUUGACAUGGCGCAAGUCAUCAAGGGAAUUUCACACUCACAUCCAGGUUCGAACAAGGCGAUUCGAGUAGAGCGGCAACAGAGCACAGAGCGUGCGGUGAAUCAACCGGAAGAUGAAGAGGAGGAGGAAGAAGAUACCGAUUUACGCUUUGCAGCUCUCUUUCAUCGGAUUAAAACCACGCGGAAGCCGAUUGCAGUUUGCUCACUGCUGCCCUUUUACCGGCAGCUGUUGCAAGUCUGCAUGCCCGUUCUUUUGUCGGGCGAGUUUCAAAACGAGCGAUCUGAUAAGGAGCUAGAAGCGCCUGCAUUGACAUUCAAGAAAAGCGCAGACUAUGUUCGUGCCUUCCUCCCGCUGAUGGUGGAGGAAUGCAAUAACGAGGUUCAAGAGGGUCUUCGCAAGUGCUCUUACGGCAAUGGGGGUCACCUUUUGCGUUAUGAGUCCGAAAAACCAAGAGAAGGCAUGCGGUGCAUUAGUUUUAGCAUCGUUCAAAAGGACGAGGGCUUACUCGCGAGCUCCCAGUCGAAGUUUGGAGGUAAAGGACGACCAAGCAGAGGCUUCAACGAGAAGCUGUUCCGAAAUGGUGACGUGGUGCUCCUGCAAAUUUCAGUGGGAAGCCAGAACCAGAGUGAGUUUAUGGGAAAGCGUGAAUUCCUCGGAGUGAUUUUGAUCAGUGAGACUGAAAAGGGGCGCAGGCAGACGUCGGCAACGAAGAAGAGUAGCAAGAAUGAAGAAGAGGAAUCCGUUAAAGUGCUCUUCCUGAAUGAUGGCGAGCUGGACAACGCUACUGCAAGUGUGUGCUCUUUCUCAACUGAAGUGUUGGCAGCGAGUGCAAUCGCCGACUCGGAGUGGAAGGUAAACCCACUCUGUAAUUUGGUCACGUCCGCGCGUGAGUACAUCGCGCUUCGCUCGGUCGACAUGCUGCCAGAGCACCUGAGAACGGCUAUUCUGACCCCAGAAGCGUACAAGUCGACACAAUCAGAGCUCAUUACGAUCACCUCGGUUUUGGACGAGCUGCGAGCUGACAAAUCAAGCGAAAGUCAGGCAAAGAUCGUGAAACUCCUAAAGCGCUUGGACAAGAUGGACGUGAUGCUGACAGACUUGAGGGUGAGGCUUUUGAUACUUGCUUUUUUACGUUCUACCAGCAUAGGCAAAGCUGUGAACAAGUUGCGCAAGCACGACGAUAAAGAUAUCAAAGCUCUUUCCGCGAAAUUGAAAGACAAGUGGACGAGCCUGAUGGACAAGAAAGACACGUUGGAGCGUGCUCCUCGGUUUUUAUCGCCCGAGCUGUGGGAGGCGAUUAAGCCUCAGUACAAUUCGUCACAGCUGCAGUCCAUUCAUAGUGUGCUGAAUAACUACAGUAUGGGUGUGUCUCUGCUUCAAGGACCUCCAGGAACAGGCAAGACAAAGACUAUCAUGGGGCUUCUCAGCGGAUUGUUAUCCUUGCGACUCCCAGCUACUGCAGUAAUGCCAAUGAUAAGCCCAAAAGCCAGCUCAACUGGUCAGAACGGAGCCAAGGGAGAGUUUAGCAACUUUGAGGCCGCGCGUUCUCGCGGUGUGACAGCUGGGCAAGGCACCAGCCGUACAUCGGAUGCUGGUUCAACACCGACGUUUUCCUUGAGUGGUGUUACCUCUGCUCUUGGAAGUAUCCUUCGUCGAUCAUCUGAUACCUCGUCGGCUGGACCAAGUCGAACGAGCAUCCAAGCCCUGAAGAAUGCUGGCUCUUCACGCAGUCGGCUGGAAAACAAGCUGUCAUCUCGGUCGUCGAACCAGGCGGGGUCUAGCUUGGUGGUGAAGCGCCGUGUUAUCUCGAGAGCAGCAUCGGAACGAUCUGCCAGUCGAACCAACAACAUACUGUUGUGCGCUCCGUCUAAUGGAGCUGUUAACGAGCUCGUGUUGCGAAUUGUUACGGACGGUCUUAUGGAUAGCUCUGGAAAAGUCACGAAAGUACGAGCGCCGAGUGUGCACCCGGAGGCAAUGUCGGAGGAAUGGAUCUCAAUUGUGCGUCUCGGCAAUGCAGGUGAGGAUGCGUCCGAGACUGUAAAUUCGGUUUGCUUACCUCACAUUAUCCGGCGUGAGAUGGCGAUCCAUCCAAAAGCGAUCCAAUUGCACUCUCUCCAAGACACACAACGACAACUGCGCGGCUCCAUCCGUGAUUUUCAUAACAAGGAGGAGGAUGCGAAUGGACCGAAAAAGGACCGAAAAGCACUAGCCAAGAUGCACCAACAGCUUACGGAAUGCUCGGGUAAAAUCCGACGCUUGCGAGAUGAAGUGACAGCGAUUCGAGCGAAAAUGACCGAAACCAUUUUGUCCAAGGCAAGCAUUAUUGCCUGCACGUUGUCCAAGGCUGGCAGUGGUGAUUUCUCGGAAUUAAAGCAUGGGUUUGAUGCCCUCAUCAUUGAUGAAGCAGCGCAAGCAGUGGAGCUGAGUACGCUGGUUCCUAUUCGAGAGCGCGUGGCUCGAGUUGUGCUCGUCGGUGAUCCGAAACAGCUACCCGCAACAGUGAAAAGUGUUGUCGCGGCCAAAGCGCGGUACGACCGAUCGCUGUUCGAACGGAUAGCAGAAAGUGGCGUCGCCCCAUCAAUGCUGCGAGUGCAAUAUCGAAUGCACCCUUUCUUGCGUGAUUUCCCGUCCAAGAGGUUUUAUGGAGGCAUGCUGACCGAUGGCCCGAGCGUGAUGGAGCGUGUCCAGAAGGUUUGCCCCGGUGUAUAUGCGCACACCAGUUUCCAGCCUUUCCUGCUGUAUGAUGUGGAGAACUCAAGGGAGGAGGAUAUGAACGGGUCGAAGUACAAUCGCGUGGAGGCUGCUUUUUGCAUCAGCUUAUGCCAGAACAUGUUCGAAACCAUUGCAGACGUACGCAAGAACAAGUGGAGUGUCGGAUUUGUGUCUCCUUACAAGGAGCAGGUGCGCGUGCUUCGACAAGAAAUUACCAAGUCUGGGAUACCGACAACGGUGUCGAUUGAGGUGAACACGGUGGAUGGCUUUCAAGGUCGAGAGAAGGAUGUGAUCAUAUUUUCAUGCGUCCGAGCUUCUAAACGUGGCGGUAUUGGUUUCCUGCGCGAUAUCCGGCGUCUUAACGUGGCAAUCACGCGAGCCCGGUUCUGCCUGUAUGUGGUUGGUAACGUGAACACGUUAGUGCGUGACGAAACCUGGGCCGCUCUUGUGAAGAGUGCCCGCGAUCGCAAGCUGAUUAUUCGCACGAAGGGGGAGGCGUUUCCUGCAGUCGCGAAAAGGCUAAAAAGUGAACAACACCGUGAUCUAGCUGAAUACUACAAGUCGAUGCAUGAGAAAGCGGCUCAAAAGUCUGCCCCCUCUGUGAAGCCAGCAAAGACUACCACGGACAAGCCUGCUAAGAAUGACAAGCGAGACUCGAAAUCUGCGGACGAUGUGGGCGACCCAAAGACUAAUCCAAACGAGAAGGGUGUCGAGGGUGCGCGUAGCACGCCCCAAGGUGAGAGUCCCAAAGCAAGUGAGCACAAGAUGAAGGAUCCUGUCAAAGCAGAAGGUCUACCGGAAACUCCUCGUGAUACGCGCGAAGUGGCAAAACAGCCUGUUGACGGCCUCAAAAGACCAGCGGGGACAGCUUCGGAAGAUGCUGCAAGCCUCAAGAAACCCCGUCUAUCCGUGAAGACUUCAAUGUCUGCAGCCGACUUGCAAGGUCAAUACGAGAUCCGAAGCUUUCGAGAUCAGCAAAGUGCAUCGACGUCAGCCACGACAGCUGCAGAUCUGCGAGGUAAAUAUGAGAUCCGAAGCUUUCAAGACCGAGGUAGCUCAUCGAGGUCAGAUUCUCGACGACAUGCUGACUAUGGUUCGCGUGAACGCUCACGCGAUAGUUCCUCAGAUCAUCAUAGGAGCGAGCGUCCAAGCUCGGGUUCAUCAACCAGGGAAGCCCGGCGUGACGACUACAGCCGAUCUCGUGAGUACAGGAGUUCAGCUGAUAGGGGACGAAGUGGUCGAAGCAACGACGCAUAUCGACAGGAUGAUCGUCGAUACCGCGGUGAUGACCGGCGCGAUCGCGACAUUCGAAGCCGAUAUGGGUCUUCGGAGCCUAGGAGCAUGUCUCGAUCUCCAUCUGCUCCUCUUAGUAACAAGCCGCCCCAGUCGAUUUCGGAAAAGGAGUUCUGCCAGGCGAAUGAGCCUCCUCCUCCGUCGAAGGCUAAUCGCACGCGAUCAAGUACCCCGCGCCUUGCAGGGAAACGACCGUAUACCGAGUCCAGCUACCCUCCUCCAGUACAUUCUGACCGCCAUCGCAGCCGUGAGCAUCCAUCCUCUCGCUUUGACAAUCGUCCUUCCUCGGGCAGAAGCAGCUACCGCACUGUCACGAACGAAAGUACCACCAAUAGACCCCGCAGCAGCAAUGCGACACCUCCGCGCAGUGCUAAUGUGCUCGGCAACAUCCUUGGCAGCGCCUCGAAGCUGGCGAACGCGACCUCGCGCGUGAAUGACAAGUCCAAUCCACGAACCUCCGAGUUCUCAUAG